UCGAAACCCGGCGGGAGACUGGAGGAAGGCGCAGGUUCCCGUCUCUCCUGAUGUCACGUGAAAGUUAGGCUCCUCCCCCUUUAGCGCAGACUCCGCCAUGUUGUUUUUCCUCCAGAGUCUCCUGCGCUCUUCUCAGGCAGUGGCGGCCGCGGGAGUCUCCGACUCCAGUCUCUCCCCUCCCCCUUUUCCGCCGCUCUGUUUGGGAAGAACUGGAUAUCGAAAGGAUCUGUUCUUGAAAUAAUGGCAUCAAAAUCAUCACUCCUUAAAGUAAUCCUCCUAGGAGAUGGAGGAGUUGGGAAGAGCUCAAUUAUGAACAGAUAUGUCACAAACAAGUUUGAUACUCAGCUGUUCCACACAAUAGGUGUAGAGUUCUUGAAUAAAGAUCUGGAGGUGGAUGGACACUUUGUUACAAUGCAGAUAUGGGACACUGCUGGUCAAGAGCGUUUCAGGAGCUUGCGGACUCCUUUCUACAGAGGCUCUGACUGUUGUCUUCUUACUUUCAGUGUAGAUGACUCACAAAGCUUCCAAAAUCUGGGUAACUGGAAGAAGGAAUUUAUUUACUAUGCAGAUGUCAAAGAGCCGGAAACAUUUCCUUUUGUGAUAUUGGGAAACAAAGUUGAUAUAAAUGACAGGCAAGUAUCUAUGGAAGAAGCUCUAGUCUGGUGCAGGAACAACGGCAACCAUCCCUAUUUUGAAACCAGUGCAAAAGAUGCCACUAAUGUUGCAGCAGCUUUUGAAGAAGCUGUUCGAAGAGUUCUUGCCACCGAUGAUAGAUCAGACCAUUUGAUUCAGACAGAUACAAUAAAUCUUCAUCGGAAGCCCAAGUCUAGUUCAUCAUGCUGUUGACAACUUAAUUUUAUUUCUUGGCCAUAUUGUUCUAACUUAAUGGAUAAUAAUAGAUUAAAUAUGAUACAAUGGGUGCCACUCCAAUAUAUUGUAAUAUUCUACUUCUUUACUGGUAGAGGAGAGCUUCUGUUUAACAAGUGACCUAUUUGCUGAGUUAGCAGUGUCUGACAUCUGAGAAGGUACCACCUCAGAGCUCAUUUAAUUUAAAUGUGUAAUUUGCAAAGUAAAUAAAUUAUACUAAAACUUGAAAGUUCUAGAAGCACUACUUGGAAGGAGGUCUUGUUCUGAAAUUGAGAUGCAAAAAUUAAAUUUUUAUAUGUACAUAUAUAUUUUUAUGAAAUCAUCCAUGUUUGUGUCACUAAAACUUUUUCAUAAAGUAAUAAUAUUGGGUAUUACAUAUGUGGUCUUGUUUCACUUCUCAUCUUUAAUGUGAUUUUUUUUAGAAACAUUCUAAGUUAAAAUGAAUUUAAGGGCUUUUGCUGUUUGCCUGGUGUCACUUUACUGCUUGUAGAUUUUAAGUUAGGAAAUAAACCUGCAUACAUAGAUAUUGUCUGAAUGUGUAUUCCUCCCCCUUUUUGCUCACAAAUACUGACAGUGGUUGAGAAAUCUCUUAGCUGUCUGUGUGGAAGGCUGGGUGAUUUAAAACAAAAGCUAAGCUGCUGUCCUUUAGAAGCCCAAUUGAAAAGUUCUAGCAUUUUGGACAGGAAGAAGCAGUA